UAUAUAUAUAAAAGCUCGAAGAACGUAGCCAUGGCGGAAUUGAAGGUUGAUAAGGCGGUUUAAACUUGAACGAAGAAAUUUCUUGCGCAUGAAAAUUCUGCUCCGGUGAGAUCAGCCGGCGAUAAAUUAGGUUACCGGGCCAGCUCUCCUCUUCAAUUUCCAUCAUCAUCCUCAUCCUCGUGUUUCUCUCUCACACACACACACAGUUCGCUGUAAAAUCUGUCUUUAUCGUCAUUCCUUUGUCCUGGAGCUGCUCGCUGCCAAAACUCUACAGUUGCAGCUUCAGCCAUCCGUUUUCUGUCAUGGCGGAUAUGAAAGUGAAAGAAACGGAAUAUUUUUUGGAAGAGGAAGAAGGAGAUGAUAAUGACGCUAGUCUUAACAAGAUGAACAGUGAUAUCAGUAUUAAUAGUGCUGAUGAUGAUUCGCCUUUCAUUUCUCAGCAAUGGCCACGGAGCUACAGGGAGACAACAGAUUCAUACACAAUUGCUGCAUCACCAAGUUUUGGAAUGAUUCGUCGUCUUUCUAGCAUUAACAGAUAUUCUGAACAUGAUUUGGGAAUUAAGAGUAGUACAGAUUUGGAGAACAGUCUGCUUUCUGAAUCUGAUAAGGUUAUUCGUAAGUCUUCAUCAGCAUGGUUAGAUAAGGUUUCAUUUCAUGACCAAAUAUCUACAGGAGAGCUUCCUGUUGGCCAUGGAUGUAGCUUUACUCAGACUAUUUUCAAUGGUUUGAAUAUCUUGGCUGGAGUUGGGCUUUUGUCAACACCUUAUACUGUGGCAAGAGCUGGAUGGGCUAGCAUGGUUGUACUGGUUGUUUUUGCAGCUGUGUGUUGUUAUACAGCUUCUCUUAUGAAAUAUUGCUUAGAAAGCAGAGAAGGGAUCUUAACCUAUCCAGAUAUUGGAGAAGCUGCAUUUGGGAAAUAUGGUCGCCUCUUUGUAUCUAUUCUCUUGUACACAGAAUUAUAUUCUUACUGCGUGGAGUUUAUCAUCUUGGAAGGAGAUAACCUAACAAGACUAUUCCCGGGUGUUUCUUUGAACAUUGCUGGCUUUCAACUGGAUUCUCUACACCUCUUUGGAAUUCUUACUGCAAUAGUUGUUCUACCAACUGUUUGGUUAAGAGAUCUUCGUUUAGUUUCAAUUCUUUCAGCUGGAGGUGUUUUCGCGACUAUUGUAAUAAUCCUCUCGAUGUUUUCUCUUGGUACGUUUGAGGGAAUUGGAUUUCAUCAUACCGGUAAGAUAGUCAAAUGGGAAGGUGUUCCAUUUGCUAUCGGUGUUUAUGGAUUUUGUUAUGCUGGUCAUUCUGUAUUGCCGAAUAUUUACCAAUCAAUGGCUGAUAAAAGACAAUUUACACUGGCCAUAACGAUAUGCUUUGGUUUAUGUGGUUUUCUAUAUGGUUGUUCUGCUGUCAUGGGGUAUCUUAUGUUUGGUGACGGAACAUUGUCUCAAAUAACUUUAAACAUGCCGCCUCAUACAUUUACCUCUAAAGUUGCAUUAUGGACUGUAGUUAUCAACCCAUUUAGCAAAUAUGCUUUGUUAAUGAACCCUUUGGUAAGAAGCAUAGAGGAACUAUUGCCAACAAGAAUUUCUGAAACCAAUUGGUGUUUCAUUCUUUUGAGGACAGCACUUGUUCUAUCUACUGUCGUCGUUGCUUUCCUUGUCCCAUUCUUUGGACUUGUGAUGGCUUUGAUUGGUUCUCUUCUUUGCAUUCUUGUGGCACUUAUAUUGCCAACUUUGUGUUUCCUUAAAAUCGUGAAGAACCCAACAAAAACUCAGGUGGUGAUGUGUGGUGGUGUAAUUGUAGUGGCCAUUAUUGGUGCAGUUAUGGGAACAUACUCUUCUAUAGCCGAUAUUGCAAACCAAUAUUAAAUUAUUGUGCUUUCCUGAUAAGUUAGAUGUGCCAAAUGUGUCACAGAUAUUGCUCUUUUUAUUUUUAUUUUUUUUUGUUAUAAUUAUCUUAUAAAUUAUAAUUUUCAUCAAAAGGUAUUAAAGUUUGUAUUAAUAGAAUACAGAAUCUCAUUUUUUAAUAUU